ACCAAACUGCGCCGCCCCUCAUGUUAGAUGAGGACUCCCCCCUCCAGUUGUUACUCUGUUCCCCCACGACUAUUCUGGUAGUAACAACAAUCCGGAGUGUCGCGCCUGAUGACAAAAGGUGGCGACAGGCAAAAUAGACGCUCGCCUAAGAUCCUCGUUUUGUGUGUUGGAGCGGUGUUGAAGAGGGCGGUCGGCGUACCAAGGGGACGAGUAGGUAUCGGCGAUUUUGCUGGGACCGUGUAUUCCAAAAGCAAUAAUGAAGAUGUCAAAAAAGGGAACAGGAACAGGAAAAAGAAAAGACAAAGAAAUUCCGUCCGCUUGAAGUUGCCCAAAGAAGAGGAAACAGUGAUCAAAGAAACACGAGAGCGAUUCCGCACGGUGUUGGAGGUGUUCAGACUUGAAUGUCGCAGCGACGACACAUUCCUUGACAGCGUUAUGCAAGCGCGGCUGUGUGUCAGGCUAAGAAGCCUCCGUUUUUUUUUAAGGGGGAGUCGGCAGUGGGGAGGGCGUUGCAAGGCUCCGAAAUAGUUACUGGGUGGCUUCAGAGUGCUUAUGGGAUUAUGGGAAGCCUAUCGGUUUAGUGCACAGACAGCCUGAUAGUCAUGGAGGUCCUUUGACUUUGGAAAAAGGAUAGUGGAUAACGCCUGUAAUUAACGGGUAAGGACGGUCAACAUGGCCCUACC